CGCGGAGGACUGCGUUUCUCAUCUCUAUGGCGCGGCCUCUCUAAGCGGCCAAGGGGGCGGGGCUCCGUUCUUCGGUGGGCGGUCGACGACAUGGGGUCGCUGCGCAAGGCGCUGAAGGUGGCGGUGGCGCUGGGCUCGGGCGGAGGCUUAGGACUCUUUCUCUUCUUGCUGGUGACUCCGGGGGAGCAGCGGACACGGGAGUUGCUCAAGGAAAUCCCGGAGGGGACCAAGACUAAGAUGCUGUUGCUGGACACGCUGCGGGAGGCCACCGAGACGCACGAGAACGUGGCCUGGAGGAAGGACUGGAACCGACGGGAGAGCGGCCGGGCGGCCUGACGCCUGCCCGGGCUCCCAUCGGAACUCGGGAUCCCUCCCCACCCCCACGCCGCGGGCCUCGCAAAUCCCUGAUAACCUGCGGGGCCCUAGGAGGCCGCUGCCUCCUCUCGUUCCCUAGUGCGUUAUAAACUCUGGUUUAAUAAACGGGACUCGUGGCUGAAUGAAAUAGCCAUUUUAUCCUCCCACAA